UGUCUCCUAGGCUUGAGUUCAUCAUUUGCUUGGAUUUUUUUGAAGAAAAUCAAAUCAAGCAAUGAUUUUGUAAUAACCUCUGCCUUGUUUUUUUUCCUUUCAUAGACCCUAACUCUAUCUUUCUGCUUUAAGGCAAAGUAAACUUGGUGGCCUCUCCCUCUCCACCCCUCAAAAUGAUUGCAGUCUCUGCCGUCAGCAGUGCACUCCUGCUCUCCCUUCUCUGUGAAGCAAGCGCUGUCGUCUUACUCAAUUCCACUGACUCAUCCCCGCCAACCAAUAAUUUCACUGAUAUUGAAGCAGCUCUAAAAGCACAGCUAGAUUCUGCGGAUAUCCCCAAAGCCAGGCGGAAGCGCUACAUUUCGCAGAAUGACAUGAUCGCCAUUCUUGAUUAUCAUAACCAAGUUCGGGGCAAGGUGUUCCCACCAGCAGCAAACAUGGAAUAUAUGGUUUGGGAUGAAAAUCUUGCAAAAUCUGCAGAGGCUUGGGCAGCUACGUGCAUUUGGGACCAUGGACCUUCUUACUUACUGAGAUUUUUGGGCCAGAAUCUAUCUGUACGAACUGGAAGAUAUCGCUCUAUUCUCCAGCUGGUCAAGCCAUGGUAUGAUGAAGUGAAGGAUUAUGCUUUUCCGUAUCCCCAGGAUUGCAACCCCAGAUGUCCCAUGAGAUGUUUUGGCCCCAUGUGCACACAUUAUACACAGAUGGUUUGGGCCACCUCCAAUCGAAUAGGAUGUGCAAUUCAUACUUGUCAAAACAUGAAUGUUUGGGGAGCUGUAUGGCAACGUGCAGUUUAUUUGGUGUGCAACUAUGCCCCUAAGGGCAACUGGAUUGGAGAAGCACCAUAUAAAGUAGGGGUACCAUGUUCUGCCUGCCCUCCAAGUUAUGGGGGCUCUUGUACUGACAAUCUUUGUUUCCCAGGAGUCACGUCAAACUACCUAUACUGGUUUAAAUAAGCUUAUCUUUUCCUCCAGGAAAUAUAAUGGUUUCUGGAAAUCAUAGGCAUAUAUAUAUAUUGAGUUUUGCACAUAUUAUACAUAUUUUACGAUAAUCUUGUUUUCCUUUUAUUAUUCAUUGUAUAAAUAAGUGUUUGUCUAGUGUGUUUACCCCUUUGUGGUAAUCAAAACACCCAUGUCUAUUUUCUGACUUUUAAACCUAAAUUAAAAUAUUGUGUAUGUAUUAUUGACAUAGUUGAUGCAUCCAAUUCCAAAACUCGUUUUCCAAAGAAAUUAUGUUUCUAAGGAAUAGAAUAUAUAUUUGGCCUGUAAUGCACAUGUGUGUGUAUACACACACAUAGAUGACGUAAUACAUAGAUAAUACGAUUCUGUAGCAAACUCAAGGGGAAUUUUUUAAAAAAUCCUCUUCUAAAAUAUAUGUGAGGUGGUGGGACAUCUUCAGCACCCAUUUCUAUAAUAAUCAAAAAGUGAUCAUUUGCAAAAUAACAGUGAUAACUGGGUAUGAUAAUUUAAUUAAGCAAAUGCAGAUUUCAUUCUUGGGAUAUUUUAUCUUAUUUAGGUUCACCAAAGGAUAUGCUUGACUUACGUAAGGUUCAAAUCAUGCCUUUUGCUUAAUCUCUUUUACUGAGUCAGUAAUCAUGGGCAAGGCACACUGCUUGUUAUCUUCUGAUAAUGCGAAGGUAAGAAGAUAGGAUUCCUGCCUUCAAGAAGCUCAUGAAAAUAUUCAGGAAAUAAUAACAGCCUAAUUAUUUUGCUGUAAAAUUAUUAUUUUUUAACAAAGUUAUUUUUCAUGCAGCUUGGAGGAAGUGGGUGCAACAGUGUUCACAUGUAGGUGGUGUAGGUGAUAAGCCACACUGUGUAAUACAUGAGGCUUCUGAUUAGCAUGAAUGUGUAGCGACAGUGCUUAGAAUUCGAAGAGGCAGGGAAGGAUUCAUCACUGCCCAGGGAUUACUGAGUAAGAGUAAAUAGUUACGAUUUUGGAAGGCAGAGAGCAAGACCUAAAACUGAUGAGGCCCAAGAAAAGUGAGAUUUAAGAGACACAUAUGAAAAGGCACAGAAAUAGGGUUAAUGAGCGUGCACACACACACACACACAAAUGGAGUGCUUCAGAAGGGCAUAUCCUGAAGGUCUAAUACACCUUGAGGCCAGUUAGCAGGAGGUGAGGGAUGCUGGAAAGAAACCUUGGAGGUGCCAAGGACACCUCCAGCUGUCCAUUGUUUCCCUGUCCUUUUUUGGUGAGAAUCAAUGUAAUCAUCCUGGCCUUGAGCAUCAAGUUAAAUAUCUCAUGUGCACACCACAGACAGCUAAGGUUUUGUUAAAGGGGUCCUCCUCAGAUUAUUUUCUAAGGACUAAUUGCCAACCUUUAUUCCCCUGUGUAAGGAGAAGAAUAAUUUUCAGUUCUCCAUUAAGUUUGGUGGAAAUCAAAUCAAAAUCACUAUGAAAAUUUCUCUCAUGCAAUUUUGGAAAAGCUUAUUUCCAAAUCAGGGAAUCACUUUCUAGAGAGGAGAACUCAACAUCUGGGUCAAGACACUUAACACAUUACAUUUCGUGUGUGUGUGUGUGUGUGUGUGUGUGUGUGUGUGUGUGUGUGUGUGUGAUGCAGGUUAUGUAAUGCUUCAAUAGAAUUACAGAAAUAAGUAAACAUGGUUAGUUCCAGAGUACAAAUAACAGAAGGAAGCUACUUGUUUAAAAUUCUCUACACAUUUGCGAUUUCUUGGGGUAGCUGCAUUGAAAGAUGACAGUUAAUUGAAUCCAGCGGGGGAGACAUGCACCAUCUGGAGUUUAGGUUUACAUGAUGACAAACAAUUGGCCUGAUUCCUUUCACAAACUGAAUCUGACCAAAUGUUUUCAAAUCAUACUGCUUUGCUUUUGUGGGAACUUACAUGGGCUUUAUUAAAAAUAAAUAUUUCUGGAGACUAAAAUGGAGAACAGAAAUGAUUCUAAGAGUCAGGCCCCAAUCCAAUUGUUAGCUAACAUAUAUCGGCAACUGGAGAGAAAGCUCAUCAGCGAGAUAAUUCACUUGAUUUUUCUAGAAAGUGUUUCCAUCCUUGAUUUUGCUAAACCAGUUCUAGAGAAGUAGAAAAAGCACUUUUAAACCAAAACAGGCUACGAUCAGUUCCAGUUCUGUUGCUGGUUUACUUGUGUGGCUUGGUUUCUUAGUUCUCAAAAAGAAUAAUGCUAUUUGCCACAUAUUUCACAGAGGUUCAUGUGAACUUAAAAUUACCAGGUUAACAGAAAUUUAUGAAUAUUAAAAUUAUCACUAAUGUUGUGAAACUUUUAUUUGAGAUAAAAUUAAGUCUUUCAUGAGCUCCUCUUUGGCAGAAAUUCUGUCUUAUCUUUGUAUUUAUCCCAGCUUCUAAUACAGUGGUGGUAAUGUAAUAAAUGUUCAUCUGUAUGGAUUUUUAGAAUUAACUAAAAAGUCUAGAAUUGCAAGAAUUUAGAAGAAUCCCACCUUUCCAUGUUUUUUAAGACAAACAUGUCUUAAAUACAAAGCUUUGAAUGCAUCAACGAUUAAGAUAAAUCAUCAAACAUAUCACGUUAAGACUAGGGUCUACACACUCAUAACUUGCACUCAAUAGUCCUUUCCAAAUCACAAUGAGAACUGUAAGUUUAUUUAUAACGUAGCAACUCAGCUGAAAAUAUAACGGGUAUAUUUGUUAUUCUGUCUGUACUUUUUAAAGUUAGUAAUACAAAGUGGCCAUGUGAAAUGUUUCAUUUUCCAGGCUAAGGCAAACGGAAGUUUGCUAGGAUCAACACAGCAUGUCACAUCUUUUCACAGCAUGAAACCGUGGUGCUAGGAGAGCUAUUUCUCACUGUAACCCCCACAGUCAGAAAGGGUCCAGGUAUAAGCUAUUUCCUAAGAGCAGCUUAAAUAGUCAGUACUGAGGUUUUCAUUUCAAAAGGUUUCACUCAAGAGAAACAGUAACUGGCAUAUAUAUUCAGUGGCAUUGAUUCUCUUUAUGGUAAGAUUUUUCAUAUCAUCCUUUAUUCAGUAGAAGAGUUUUUUCUUAAAUUCUGUCACAAUAUAGACUUUGAGGAGGGCUUCCAUGUCAUCAAAAGACUGGGAAAGUGAUAAUUUUAGCUGUUAAGCGGAUGGAUUUCUUUACAGAAUUGUAUUUGAGUUGUGUAGGCAGAGUCUUAAUGUUCCUGGUUAUGACAGAUAAGCUUGCUUUUAAAAUGUGUCAGAAACAGUUUUUAUUAUUAUUAUUAUUUUAAUUUUCUGUUCAGUAGUCUAAGCUGUGUCACUUCUGUGGUCCAUCAGAGCACCCCUACGAGAUUCAGCUGGCAGCGCUGUAAUAUGUAUUUGAAUCUUCAUGGAGGCAUUCAUUUGAAAGCUCCAUGCAACUUUAGUACGGAGUUGACCAAACACUAGGGAAAGUUCAACCAAUACAAUUCACUCAGAAUUUCUUAAUUGAAACAAUGCAUAUUUUUCUCAUUAAUACAUGCUUGUGUUAGAUCAACGUAUAACAUCUACAUAAACAAAUCUAAAACAUGUUUAGGCCAGUUUAAGUGUUUUGUAUUCAUAUCCUGCUUAUUAAAUGAAUGCAUCAGCUAAUCAGGUAAUUUGAAGGUGUCCAGAAAAGUCAUGCUUAAAUUGUGGUCUGGGUUCUCCCUCUUGUGUAACAGCAUUCCCUCUGUUCUGCAGUGUCAUGGGACACAGAUCUUGACACAGAUAGGAGACUUUACCUAUGAAAGUGUUUAGGGAGAGUAAAGUUAUAUUUCUAUUAACGUCUAAUAUUAUCUUUGUUUUUAUAUAUAUUUUUUGUAUUGUCAUUAUAUGUGUGAGGGAAGACAUUUAAACACAUGCAAAAUGAUUUUUAAAAAUUAUGUCAUGGUCUAAUUUUGACUUACGAGAUGUCAGUGAGAAACUUAGACAGUUUAACAAUUCACCAGUUAAUGGUGCUGAAAAUGCAUAACAAACACCUUAUACGUGCUACAAUUUUGAAGUUUCUUUGCAAUUAAAGUUUUUAUUAAGUGUGAACUAUCAAUAUCUAUUCUGGUGCUAAAUAUGUGGUGCUAAAUGAACUGUUAGUGUUUGUAGCUUAGGAACUCUCCUUUAGUCAUUGUUAAAAAAUGUUAUGCAUUCAAUUCUUGAUUUAAAAAUAUGAAGUCCUGUUAAAUUAAUCUUAACCAAAAAUAGGCCAGUAAACUCUAUUUUUUAUAUAAUAAUCCAAAUUUAUUUGGGUAUUACAGAAUGUAAACUUAUUUCUUAGAAAUUAUCAAUUUUUUAAAGGCAUUUUUAGCUUGGCAAUGUCAAAUUCAAGUGUCACCUAAAGGUUAGAGAACACCCACAUCAACCAUGCUGCAGGCACCGGUGCCCUCUGGUGGUUAUAAAAACAAAUUAACAAAUUCUUGAUGGCUACUUGGCCUGCAACAAAGCUAUUUCUGCCGUUCAAUAAAAAUUUAAUUUGCACAAUAUUAGAAUUCUUGGAUACUCUUUAAAUCUGACAACAUUAAAAAAAUUCAUGACUCUAUUGACAUAA